AGCCUAUAUAAGUGUACUUCGGAACACAAGCCGGAAUAUUACCGUCUAAAGCUCCGGGCGGCAGACAUGGCCAACAAACCCGUCCGUUUCGGAAUCCUCGGCGCCGCCAAGAUAGGUCGGAAGAUUUGUCGAGCCAUUGCCGAUGCUCCGAACGCCACUCUGUCGGCGAUCGGCAGUCGUUCAGUGGAAAAGGCCUCGAAAUUUGCGUCGGAUAACGGAUUAAGUGCAGAGGUCAAAAUCUACGGUUCUUACGAAGCUGUAGUGGAUGAUCCGGAAAUCGACGCCGUGUAUGUGCCGCUUCCGACGAGUCUCCACCUGCGGUGGGCGGUGGUGGCGGCGAAGAAGAAGAAGCACUUGCUCCUGGAGAAGCCGGUGGCUCUGAAUGUGGCGGAGUUCGAUGAGAUUGCGGCGGCGUGCGAGGGGAAUGGAGUGCAGUUCAUGGACGGUACCAUGUUGAUGCACCAUCCUCGUACGCCCAAGAUCAGGCAAUUUCUUUCUGAUGCCGACCAGUUUGGGCAGCUCAAGAUGGUAGAACUAUGGGCGUUGGCUGAAGGUUUGUUGAAAGAUGGUCGUGGAGCAUGUUUCGGCAUGGGUCGCAGAAAUUCUGGCGACUGA